GGAGCACCCUUUGUACACAUUCUCUGCGCUUGUCGUCUUGUCGCCAUUCGCAAACUCAUUCGUGUCAUGUAUACGAUUUAAAUGGAAAAAGAACCGCUUUAAUAAUAUCGACGGUCGAGCAGUUGGUUGCGGUGACCCAAUUAGAUAAUUUGCAACUCGAUUAGAGAAAGGACACGUUUGUGUAUAUAGAUCAUUUAUACAUGUUUACGCAUUCAUGUUACAUGGACACCUUUGUAGAUCAAAGGGCGAGAGUUAAAUUGACAGAGUAGUCUCUGUAUAUGGUCAUUUUUAUAUUCAGCAGGGCUGGUCCGUCGUGCAUCAUAACUUUGUUCCUUUAAUAGGACGAAUCGUGUAAGUCAGAAGGAUGGUUAGACGUUACGAAAACUGCACAACUUUUCAAUUCAAUUGGAAUCAAGUUGUGCAAGGAUUCUGGCAAAGAUACCCAAAUCCUAACAGUGGCCAUGUUCUUUCUGAGGACACUAUAAAGAGGGAAGUUAAAAAUGGAGUCCUAUAUACCACGCGAUUAUUAACAAAGACAAAUAGGAUACCUAAAGGGGCAGAGAGAUUUGUCAAUAAAAAUACUGUUAAGAUUGUUGAAGAAAGCAUUGUAGAUCCCAAAGCCAAGACUUUGACAACAUAUACAAGAAAUUUAGGUUAUACUAAAAUUAUGAGUGUUGUGGAGAAAGUUGUCUACAAGAUUAGCGACGAUAAUCCUAAUUGGACAGUAGCACAGAGAUUAGCGUGGAUAGACAGCAGCGUGUUUGGCUUUAGUAAAGCUAUUCAAGCAAUUGGAAUCGAUAGAUUUAAGAAGAAUUGCAAUUUGAUGUACAAUGGCUUCAAUUAUGUUCUGGCACAUAUGUUUCCACAUACGGCGCAAUAUAUGAAUCCGACGCUAGCACAAAUGGGGUUCGCUCAUCGUCAUGACGAAGGUAUAAGAUCCACUCUGGCAGAGGAUUUCCAACAAUCCUUCCAAGGUAAGGCAGAGAAAGUGAAGGAUGCUGCAAAGAAAGCUACAGAUUUGGCGAAGAAGAAGGCUGGACCGCUUUAUGCGGCUUGCCAACCACAGCAAUCGUAAAUAACCCCAUAGGCUUACAGUCACUUCACAAGGAUAUACAAAAAGUAUUUUGUUGGUAAAUAAGGGUACUUUGAAGGAGCUUCGAACAUAGUUGAGGUUUUCAGCGGUCUUGAACGAUAGGACUUUUGCGAACAAUUAUUUCGUUCGCGUAAUGAGUAGAGUUGACACGACGAAAUCAUUAUUAAGGAUAAUUAAUGUUUGAAGUCCAUUUACAAGUUCGGAUACCCAUACAAUCUUGUAGCCGUAAUGUAAGAACUGCAGCAAAUUGUCGCGUGAAGAUUUCUAAUGAUAGUACUAGAUAUUGUAUUACAUUACCAUUCCUUUUAACUGCCAAUCUAUGUUUAAUUAUUAAGAGGCGCGUAAUGUAUGAGAGUAACAGAUUUAAAAGAUCACGUUUUCUACGAUGACAAUGAAAAUUGGAUGUAUAGGUGUUACAUCCAAACAUUUCAUUUUUAGUGUACCCUACUUCAGUCGCAUUUGCUUAGUUAACUCCACAGCACGAAGAGUGGAAAGAGUUGAAUGCAAAUGAUGGACGUUAUCGUGUGAAAUAUCCGAGAGCUAGCCAAGAAAUUUUCCUGAAAGUUUGAACAAAUUUAAAUUUACUAGAAUCGAUCGUGAUUCUUUUUGAACGAAUAUUAGAGAUCAAAAGGGAAGUACACGAGAUACGAUGUGCAUUUUUUCUUCUGACACGAUUCAACCACGCCAUUAACGGUUUGUAUCGGUAUUCGAUGCUUGGUACUUUACGACAAUUGUGAAAUUUAAAUUUUCAUGCAACAACGAGUAAUUAAUGCAAAUCUUAGGGUUCAGCGUACAAGUUAAACAGAAGUAAUUUCUGCAGUCCUUGUACAUGUAUAUAGUAAAAAUUUGUAUAAACGCAAUUACAGAGAAUCUAUGUUGUGCGAAAUUGUAAUAUAAUAGUGUCUAAUUUUAGUAUCGGAAUUGCCCACUAAUCGUGCAAGAAUAGACAGAGGAUGUACUAGAAUCUAGAAUAUACAAAUACACUACAUUAAUCAGAAAAAACAAAAUUACGUAUUUAUUAUUGCCACUUUGUCUCGGUCAGGGCUGGCUCAAGGAUAUUUGGCGCCCUUACGCUAUAUCGAUUAAUGGCAUCCCCUUCCUCUCCAUAAAACAAAUAUCCGUUUUUUUUUAUAUAUAAUAAUAAAAUUUCGAAUUAAACAAUUAUGAUUUUUAUGAAAACACAAUCACAGAUUCAGGAUAGUAUUAACAAAGUUAAAUCGUUUAAAAAAGAUGAAUCUUAAGCUAGAAAACUAGUAUCUAAAAAAUAGUAGAUCACUUUUAGCGAUAGGAUCAUUUAAUUAUUAACUAAUUAGUGUUCUCGUACAUUAAUCAAAUUUUAUCUCUGAUAUACUUUCACUGUCGAGUGUUUACUCUUUAAUCUUUUUAACAAUUAGUCAUCCUCUACAUGUCUAUACACUUUAACGACUGGUUCUUGCACCAAUAUUUUGUUAUAUAUUAGAUAUAAAUAAUUGUCCAAAAUCUUUGUUAUUAAUAUUUCUAAAAUGUAUCCUCACCUUAAUAAAAAAUACAAAUUCGGAGUA